AUUAUUUCAUGUCGAAAUGGAUUAACGCAAAUGUUUCGCCUUUGUCUAAUCAGGCCCAUCUUUUGUAUAAUAUUCUUUAGAGUGAUAUGUUUCAAGUUCAAUCAAUUUGCUGUUGAUUGUAUCAAUAUCAAUUCAAGGGUAAUUAAACAUGGUACCGGGCCACUGAGUCCACUGUUGUCAUUUGUUCAUUGGAAUCCAUCUCCGUUGAACAGCAUAUCGCAUUCAGAAUUAAAUCGCAUCACUCCAUAUCACCGUGCAAAGGGUAUAGCCACCAGCAGGGUCAACAUCGGGAUAAAAUGUUGCAAGAAUCCUAGCUUUGCUUUAGGUUUGUUCGGAUCUCUUGGAAGCUGGUUUUCUAAUACCUUCAAGGGAAAAUGGUUUGUACCUCCAAUGCCAACUGGCAAUUUUGCAUCUGCGAUAUUACGUAAGAAGGGCAGGCUCCAGACAGAUGCUGAAACCCAGAAGUUUUUUGAGACCAUUGGUGUGACUAAGGAUGCCUCCUUGCCUCAUAUAAUAAAUUCAUAUCACAAUGCUAUCCAGACAAUGUCUACGGAGCGGCAAAAACAGCUCCAGGAAACUUUUGAGGAAUUCCUUCGUAAAGAUUUUGUUGAGGCCUUUGAACACAUGGAGUCGUACAUGCAGCAUGGUCCGGCUGCUUGGGAGGAGUACUGGAACCCAUAUAAGGAUGAAUUUGGUAAUCCUAUAGAGCACUCUGAAGAAAGAGCCAUGCUGAAGGAACACCUCAUUGACGAGUUCACACCUCCGGGUAUUAACAUUUCAGAAUUCCGCGAGUACUGGAAAGCCAACAAUACUCGUUUUAGCGCGAUGAUGCGUAAUGUUGACAUUUCUGCACGUUUACGUUUAACCAGCAAUUUUUUUGGACGUUUACCAAGAGCGUGUAUAUUUAUGUUGCCUGUUAUGGGUUUAGGGUUAUUCCCCCAGUAUUCUUCUCUUUCUUUAGGUAUACAGGGCCUGCUGGCUUCGGGUUUCAUUUUUAAAGGUGACCGUGAAUCUAUAUUAGCGAAAGAAAAGACAACUGAAACAUUUUUGCCCCUUGCUGAGCCGGUGGCAAAAUCCAAAUCUUCACGUACCUUGGUGACAUCUGCUGUUUUAACAGUGCACAGUCUGCUUGGUAUAGGUAUAUCCAAGCUCCUGAACGCCUACACGACUUUAUCGGAAUAUUUACCUUACGAACUGUUGAGGGUGGCUUGUAUAAAUAUCCAGUUUUUCAUUGCCGCUCUUUUGUGGGAUACGAGUGACAUGACACGCACUGCUUUCGUUGAACGUGAGAAGAAGCGUAUGUCAAAGCUGAGCAAGUAUUUGACCAAACUAGAGCCAGAUGAAGAUGAAUGACAACUUGUUUGAUAUCAAUGAAGAUGCUUUUUCAUGCACUUCUUUAAAUG